AUGAGUCACCUGCUCUGGAAAUACUACUGGGAACAAGAUGUCGACAAAUUUCGACGUCUUCUGGCCCCUGGCACCCAGAACGCGCACCCGCUAUCCAAGAGCCCCGGCCUGAGCUAUGAUGGAGGCUUCCUCGCUAAAAGCCCAGGCGCCCCUGCCGGUUCGCCACGGGCUGGAGGCAAGACUCGACGGGUUUCCGGAUUUACGCCUGGGAAACACAAGGACUCUGCGAAUCUCAUCGGGCGACCCGAAAUCAACAGUCGUGACCACAGUGGGCUAACCCUGCUCCUGCGUGCCGCGAUAUCGACCGACCCGACCGCGCGCGACUUCAUAUGUGCCCUUCUUGAGCACCCGUCUAUCGAUCUGUACGCGCAGGAUCCCGAAAGCGGCUGGAAUGCCCUCCAUCGGGCCCUGUACGCUGGAAAUGUAUCGAUUGCACGUAUGCUACUGAGGAAGGAGCGAGCAUACCUGACAAGCCAUCACAUGGGCUCGGUUGGUAGGGUUGGCCAGUUGAUCAAGACCAAGGACAAGGAAGGCAACAGUCCUUUUGAUGUCUACAACUCGACGGUUGCGACUCGGUCUCUGCAAGAGGUUGUGCAAGCGAAUGCUUCGGACUCCGAUUCAGAAAGCGGUGACGAUGGUGCUCAUACAACAAGCGGUCUGCGUGGAAAUCAUUCACAUCUGGACUUUCAUUGCGAGGGAGAUGAGCUAUUCGUCUUCGGGAGCAACAAGAACAUGUCUCUUGGUGUCGGCGACGAAGAUGAUCGACAGUUCCCCGAGCGCAUCCACCUUCGCCGACCUGAUUCUCUACUGCACACUCUGUACGCCGAGUACUGUGAUCGACAUGGCUUAGAAGAGCCUGAUCCAUCUCUGCCCGUCACCGAGAUUCCCACCAUGGUCCGCGAACAGCCACUCGUGAUCAAAGACAUGGUCAUGGCGAAGCUGCAUAGCGCCAUCCUCACAGAUGAUCCAGUCUCCAACCUCUACGUCUGUGGUGUCGGACGAGGUGGUAGACUGGGGCUCGGCGACGAAAACACGCAAUUUCGUUUCGUUCCCGUGCAAGGUCCUCUCACUGAUAAAAAGAUUCAUCAAGUUGCACUUGGCCAGAACCACACUUUGGCUGUUGCGGAUAAUGGAGAACUUUGGACGUGGGGCCUCAACACGGAAUCGCAGCUGGGCUACACCCUCCCGCCGCCAACCAAGGUUGAGGAAGAACCAAUGUGCGUGACACCACGCCAGGUGUUCGGUCCCCUGAAAAAAGAGGUCAUUCUGGGCGUUGCGGCAUCAGCUAUCCAUUCAGUCGCACACACAGGGUCUUCGUUGUUCUGCUGGGGCCGCAACAACGGUCAACUAGCUCUCAUGGAUUCUGACUCGAGAUCCAUGGAUGUGCAGCAGAGUCCCCGCAAGGUCGCUGCUUCUCUUCUAUCGUCUCCCAUCGUCAUGGUUUCGGCGAUCGACAAGGCUACAACGUGCCUCCUAUCGAAUCACACCGUUUGGGUCUUCACCAACUACGGAUACAACCUGGUCAAGUUUCCUGUACCGGACGUCUUUGCAAACUUUAACAUAUCGGCUUCAUUCUCAAACAGAUACGAGCCAGGAAGGAACAAAAUUGGCUACGUCACCUCAGGCGGGGAGACAAUCGCCGCCGUCACCAGGAGCGGCGACCUCUUCACAAUGCAACUGAAUCAGAAAGCUGAAGCUCACCAGAUGGCUUCGACAACGAACCCCACCAAGAUCAAAGGCGCGCUCAGUCAGCCUCAGUGCAUCUGGGACUCGCGCAAGGAUGGGGCCAUGUCUGUCAACGUCGGUGAGCACGGCUCCGUGAUCAUUUGCACGGAAUCUGGUGCGGUGUGGAAACGAGUCAAGCGCAACAAGGGAAAGGGCGCGGCUUUCGUGGGAAGCGAGCUGCGAAGGAACGAUUUCAAAUUUGAGCGUGUGCCGUACAUUACAGAUUGUGUUUCGGCUCGAAGCUCGACCUUUGGGGCCUUUGCGGCGAUAAGAAAGGACAGUAAAGUCAUGUCGGAACAGAUCAAAGUUCAGGAGAAGUCUCUAUGGCGCGACGUUGCUUCACUACUCGGCCUGGACGACUUCAAGGCCGGGCUGAUGGAGCUUAAUGCAUACCGGCCAUGGGACGGCUCCAGCAACUGGGAACUGCCUCCCGCUUUCCUCAAACCCGAAGCAUUCGAGGACACCUUUGCUCAGUGGCUACGGGGCAACGCGCGCCGCCAUGAGGAUGCGGAUAUGUUUAUCGAGAGCACUUCAGUACCAAACCUUCGAGUGCCUGCUCAUAGCUUCGUCUUUGCCGGCAGAAGCUCGAUCCUACGCCAAGCCUUUGCCGCAUAUCGGAAUGACGGUGUCCAGACAGAGUCUGACUGCUUUGUUCUCGAAGAAGCUGAGGGCAAGCUUGUGCUCAGACUCGUCAACGCUGACUUCUUGACUUUGCUCAACCUGGUCACUUUUGCUUACCAAGACGCCAUGGUGCCCGUAUGGCGCUACACGCGCGAGGCUCCUGCGUAUGCGUUCCGUUUCAGACAGGUCCGCACAGAAGUGAUGAAGUUGGCCACAAAACUCGACCUUGCUCAACUGGAAGCUGCCGCAAGACUGCAGCGUUCGAUGGAGCGCUCGCUCGACACCGAUUUCCGAGUUGCUACGGAAGACCCGCUGUUCUACGAAGACGCAGACGUCGUACUUGAGCUAGAUGGUGACGAGGUCCCUGCUCACAGUUCAUUACUUUGUCAGCGAUGCCCCUUCUUCGAGGGCAUGUUCAAUGGAAGAUCCCAAGGCGGAUGGCUUGCCGGGCGUCUAGAUCAGCUCGGGUCUGAGCACAAGGUUCGGGUCGACCUCGCGCAUGUGAGCCCAGACACGUUCUACUACGUGCUGCAGCAUAUAUACUGCGACGCAGGUUCCGAGAUGUUCGACGAAGUCGCUGCUGGUGACAUUGAUGACUUUUCCGAGCUCAUUCUGGAUGUCAUGAGCGUCGCGAACGAGCUGAUGCUCGAUCGUUUGGCGCAGACAUGCCAGUCCAUCAUUGGCAAAUUCGUCACAACGCGCAACAUUGCGAACCUGCUCAACGAAAUCAGUCCCUGUGUGGUAACGGACUUCAAAGACACGGGCCUGGAGUACAUCUGUCUCCAGCUUGAAUCGAUGCUUGAGAAUCAUCUGCUUGAAGACCUUGAUGAGGACCUCGUUCACGAGCUCGACGAGAUCGUCCGGGAGAACCAACUCGCUCGUCUCCCCAUUGGUCGAAGUGGUCGCGCUGAGCUGGUUCUCCAUGACAAAUACCCUGAGCUGGUGGCCGAAAUAGAGGAGGAGCGCCGUAUCCGCAUCAAGGAACUCGCGUACAGGGCAGUGCUGAAGGACGAUGAUAGGAAGGGAUCAUCAUCUAUCAAGAGUCCCAGCCUGCGGCCCAAGAGCUCAAUGGCCGACAUGAUCUUCGAUAUGGACGAGGAUAGAACACCUGGCAGGCCUGCCGCAUCCCCCAUGAUUUCGGGGUCGUUGGACAAUUUCGACCUGGACAUGGAGCAUGUAUCCCAGCUUCCCAAGUCCUGGCAACAAGCCAGAGACAGAGCCACGCAGAGCCCUCUUGACACAACACCGCUGGGAGUUUCACCUUUAUUUGCGGCCAGAUCGCCUCCCAAUGCCGGCGGGAAGCCUUGGGCAUCAGCUGCCCAGCCGAUGCCGAAGCUUGGGUUGAAGGAUAUUUUGUCGGAAGUCAAGCCAGCCUCAGCGCUGAGUGCAGGCUUGGCUGGUCAGGCUAAGGGCCCUCCUGUUCCGACUGACAAGCUUUCGAACAAUGCGGCCGCGCCCAAGCUGUCACAGAAGGAGCGGAAAAAACAGAUGCAAUUACAGGCAGCAGCUGAAGCAGCCGAGAAAAACGUCAAGUCACAGCAAGUGCCCUGGGAAACAGUGCCCUCUGGCAGCAAACCUGCCACGGCUCCUUGGAAGGCAGCGGCUCCCGCUUCCAAGAUGUCCAUGAAGGAUGCAAUGUCGGCGGAAUUUGCCGCCAAGGAGGCUGUUGCCGCGAGUGCGAAGCCUCUGAUCGCAUCGGAGGCUAGCCCAGCAUCGUCUAGAUCCAAAGUGCGAACCGCAUCGCCAGACACUCGAUUCUCGGGUCAAAGUCGCACCAAUAGCUCCCCCAUCGUCCCAUCCGCUUCCACCCCGCAGCAAAAGGAGAAGCCGCUAGUACCUCACUCCAAGUCCUACAUGACUCCAGCUCGGAAGACGGAGGACUUUUUGGGCGCCAGCAUGUCCGAUAUCAUUGGCCAGCAGGCACGUGAGCAACAGAAGGCCAAAGAAGCUGUUGCGAAGCGGUCUUUGCAAGAGAUACAGCAGGAACAGGAGUUCCAAGCGUGGUGGGAUCAAGAGAGCCGUCGUGCACAAGAAGAGGAGGCGAGGAGGCUUAAUAAGGGCUCCGGAAAGGAGCAAAGCGACAAACCGGCUCAACGUGGCCGGAGAGGCCGGAACCACAAGCCAAGGGGCAAGACUGAGGUGGCAGAAGCCUCUGAGAACGUGGGAAAUGGCACUCCAACGGGGGCCAACAGAGGCGCCAGAGGCGCAAGAGGCAGAGGGCGCAAGACCUGA